UGAUUUACCAAACACCCUUACUUAUUCAUGGAAAUGUUUAUUUGAGUAAAUGACAAUAUAACUCUGGAUUAUCCCUGUUGUAAAUAUUUUAGGUGCGGGCACCUUGGGGGUAAAUCGCGUUAUGUAGGUAGCGCGCAUGCGCACUAUUUGACCAUUCGAUGCCGUUCAAAAACCAGUUGUUGUGACUGUGUAUUCGAAAUACGGAAGCUAUAAUCUUAAAAGAGGACUUGCAAAAACGGAAAUAUUUCCUAAAUGUGAUUGGAUACAUUAUUUCAAGAAUAUUGUUAUUGGGCUUUGAUGGCUAUUAAGUAGUCAAAAUGACGGAUAAGAACAUUGAGCGACAGCGGCUCGCGAACAUAAUCACACAGUGGAAUCAGGACCAUUACGAUUUAUUCGAAUUAAGUCAACCCAACGAGGAUUGUGAGUUCCAUGGUGUGGUCAGGUUCUACUUCCAAGACGGGAAUAACGUGGUGACAAAAUGUAUCCGCGUGGCAAGCUCGGCUACCACACAGGAAGUGGUGGACGUCCUGGUGGAGAAGUUCCGGCCCGACAUGCGCAUGUUGACGGCCAACAAAUACGCGCUGUAUGAGGUCCAUGCCAACGGGGAGGAGAGAAAGUUGGACGACAGUGAGAGAGUUUUGUGGGUACAGCUGAACUGGGGUACAGACGUAAGGGAGGGAAGAUUCUUACUUAAAAGACAGGGGGACACAACUGUUCCACAUGCAGAUAACAAAGAGAACCAGGGAGGGACAUUUAAGAGGAAGUUGUCGAAGCGAGAGAAGAAGGAGGCCAAGAAGAAAGAGAAGGAGAAGAAGAUUCUGGACUCGGGUAAUGCCGCGGAGCAGCUGUAUACAGACAUGCCGGAGACACGAUUUACCCGAAGCAUCUCUAACCCCGAGGCCGUGAUGAAGCGACGACGUCAGCAGAAAGUGGAGAAGAAACUACAGCAGUGUCGGGGUCAGGACGGACAAGGAGGUACGCUGAAGAUCUAUGGAGAGAGUAUUAAGCCAGACAUUCCCUACAAGACCCUCCUCCUGUCCACCGCCGACAAUGUCCGCUAUGUCAUCAAGGAGACCAUGGACAAAUACGGGAUGGACUUCAGCGUCAAUGACCCUGACGAUUUCUGUUUGGUUCAGGUGUUGGUGCCCCCAGGUGAGAGGGAGUACCAUGGAGGGAACAUUGGAGAGGAGAGAAUCAUGGAGGAUCACGAGUGUCCGCUGGCCAUCGCCAUGGAUUUCCCUCCCACUAAAGGAACUAUGAUGUUCCACUUCAGAAGACGUAAUGAUGCCAAGAAGCCAAAACAUAAGAAGCUCCGAGCGGUGUCUCACGAGGAACUUAGAAUGAAGAACGACGACGCUCCCCCACAAAAAUUACCAUACCUCGUAGAACUUAAUCCAGAUGGAUCAGACAACCCCAAAGGGAAGGUGUACAGACUGAACAUGAAGUUUACAGAGGUUGGAAGUGACCCCUCCAUGUUUAUCAAGGUGCAGGGUCCAAACAUCCAGCCUCGUCACUGUGUGUUGGGUUUGGUGGAAAAGGACGGGGUGGUGACCGUAACUCCCAGAAGUCCAGAGUCUGAGACCCACGUAAACAAUCAGAGAAUAUCAGAAACUACAACACUACAGAACGGCAUGACAGUCAGAUUCGGAAAACUACACGUGUUCAGAUUUAUUGAUCCUAAUUUCGAGGAGAAACUGAGGAAAGGUCAGAUCCCUCCAGACGGGGCGAUCCAGAAACAUCGCACCCCCCAUCAGAAGCCCAUGGAGACAAACUUUGAUGCCGCCCGCCCUGUGCCUGCCCCCAGGGAACCCAGACCACAGGAGCCAGCAGAAACUCAGAGAAGGGGUGUACCUCAGCCGAUGGGAUCCCCACGGAGGGAGGAGCCAGCGUACCCCCCACACAGACAGGGAGGGGACCUUCUGCCUGCCGUGCUGGAGUUCAGGGAAGACAAAGAGGACCACUUCUUUGCCAAUGUUGUUCUGGACUCAGCUACUGCAGGUCUUCAGUUUAAGCUGGCUCCUACCUACACGAUUUAUAUGGCUGUCCGCUUCUCUCUGUCUAAUGGUUAUAGGCCUGAUCUCAGUCCUCAGGAUAAAGCGCUCAAAAUCACUGACCUCGUGAUCAAGAUAGCCAACCUCACACAUCAAGCCAUACAUUCUAACCGGGACAAUCCGGCGGCCCUGGCGUUCUGGAUGGCCAACUCCUCUGAGAUCCUUCACUUCUUUAAGCAGGAUCAUGACAUUCACCCGUUCAGUCAGGACGCCCAGGAAAUGCUGGCGGAGUCUGUACAGAUGGCCUUCCACCAUCUUGUCCGCUGUCUGCAGUACGACCUUCAGAGGACGCUGCCAGCUUUCCUGGAUGAUGGUGAUGAGGAAGACCCUAAUGAUAAGAGCAGGAUGCAGUACAACAGAGGGCGCCCCACACUCAGCGAUGUCCUUGACACCCUGUCCUCAGCUAUGAAUUUGUUACGUCGCUGUCGUGUUAACGCUGCGCUCACCAUCCAGCUCUUCUCCCAGCUGUUCCACUUCAUCAACAUGUGGCUGUUUAACAUCUUGGUGAAGGAACAGCAUCAGUUUUGUAUGAGGAUCUGGGGCGUCCGAUUAAAGCGACGCCUCGGGAGUAUCGAGGCCUGGGCUGAGAAACAGGGGCUAGAGCUGGCCGCCGACUGCCAUCUCUGUAGAAUCAUUCAGGCUGCACACCUACUCCAGGCUCCUAAGAGUAGCCAUGACGACAUUUCCAAUAUCAGUUCCACCUGCUUCAAGUUAAACUCCCUCCAGCUGCGGGAACUUCUCCAGAGGUACAUCCCCGAGCCCGGGGAACCUCCCAUCCCCCAGAGUCUGAUAGAGGACAUCGUCAAGAUCGCCGAAAACAUGGCCGACGAACUGACCAAGAAUGAUGGACGUGAGGUGUGUCUAGAAGAGCAUGCAGAUUUACAGCUUCCGUUUCUUCUACCUGAGGAUGGGUACACCUGUGAUACAAUCAAGGGGAUCCCUAAAGGAAUUGAUGAGUUCAUCGAACCUCUGGCCAAAGCUGGACUGUGUCGAUUGAUCCCCCAGCCUGGGGCCAGCGGAGACUGGACAGUGUACAUGACCGGGGACGAGGGUCCCAAAAUAGACGAGGCUGUUAGGAAGGGACCCCACCAACCCCCACAACAACAGGCUGGUCACCAUGGAGAUCGCCCUCAGCAACAGUUACCAAAGGAACCCGAGAUAGCCACAGUGUCCUUCAACAAGGUCAAGGGCAGCAUGGGACUGAGUAUUGUGGAAGCCACACCCAAGGGUGACGGACAGAAACUCAGUGGCAUCUAUAUUAAGUCAGUGGUUCCUGGUGGUGCAGCGGCUAUUGAUGGGCGACUACAGGCAGGGGACCAGUUAUUGGAGGUAGAUGGCAAAGGACUUGUUGGCCUGUCUCAGGACAAGGCUGCAGAGUUGAUGACCAGGACUGGUCAGACAGUGACAUUAAAGGUCGUCAAACAAGGAGCAUUCUACCAUGGCCUGGCCACCCUGCUUAGCCAGCCCUCACCUGUGAUGCCAAGAGCAUCACCAAAGAAACCAUCAAGUCCGCAAAGUAACAAGCACCGCCCACAAGAGGAGGGGCCACCCCCAUAUAACGCGGCCCCAGACAUGGACCGGGGGCGACCGGCCCAGCACGGGAUGGACCCUCGACAAAAACAGUCCAUGCAGAGCCCCCAUAAUCGAUCAUCCCCAGCUCUUAAUAAAUAUAGAUCUGGAAUCUCCAGUAAAGAGAUGGAGAUGAUAUACGGCCGUAAGGAUGCACUGUGGCGCAUCAUCCUGGAGGCAGAUUUACAUGCUGUGAUAGGAAACAGGAAGCCUGACCCAGAGUCAGCUCCAGGGGCAUUCUCUUACCAAAACCCCCGCAGCAAGAGUGCCUCAGACUUGGAGGAGGAGGCCAGGGUUAACAUUGGAAUCGUGGAUAAAAUAGCCCCCAGACCAGCAUCUCAGUCCAGUGUUAAACCCCAGCAGAGGAGAAACCAUCACAAGAGGAAAAGUGUGGUGGACUUACGAGAAUUACAAGCUGAUCUCAAACAAUACCGAUCUCAAGGACAGGAGGGUCACAGACCCCGCAGUAAAUCUGUUGGUGAGAUGCAGAGACCCAGACGUGUGUACACUCAGCAGAAUGUGUCCCCACACCACAACAGCAGGCAGUAUUCAGAAAACUUCCCUGCACAUUAUGACAAUAGGCAGUAUUCAGGAAACACUCCCCAACACUAUGUACAACAGCCAUACUCUGUAAACAAUCCCCAAUCUCUAUCAACAGGACAAACCUAUCAGACACAACAAACUAUGAAUAGUGCCCCUGUUGACAAGUCCAAUUCUCGUAGUUCAUUCCAAAAUCUGAAAGCGAGGCACAGUAACAGAAUGAAAAACAAUGGUCUUCAGAGAAGCCAGUCUGUAGGUUCAGUGGACCGUGAACAGAAUUAUAAUCCUGUCUCCUAUACAGUGUACAGCAAGGCUGUUACCCCACCCCCUUAUAAUCCCCAGGGUCCUACAAAGCUAGUCCCUCAACAUGUCAGAAGUCAUUCAGCUUCACACAUGGACUACACUCGUCCUUCUAGUCCAUACAAACAAACCUCUCAAGGUCACCUACAGCAGUCCUAUCAAGGUCACCCACAGCCGUCCUCUCAAGGUCAUUCCCAGCAGGUGUCUCAGAGUCAUGGGAGACAAACGUCUCAGCCCCUGAACUGGAGGCAGCCUCCACAGAGAGUGGUGCACCACCAGAGGAGUAGGUCCAGUGACCUUCACAUCCCGUCCCGAGGUGACUUUUAUCUCGGGGAGAGUUACGAUUCCGCCAGAGGAAGUGACUCACUGCACAGUUACGGUGUCUUGUCACCAGUGGUGUCGUACAAUAUGUUUAAAGCCUCUAUGAAAAAUACAAACUCAGACAGCGGUAUCAGUGAUUCCAGAGAAUCUAAAAACUCAAAUUAUGACUCGGGUGAGCCUUUGAACUCUCCUUACCCAGUAUUCUCACCAGUGAGUCCACACACGCUGAACAGCACCAUGAGGGACUCGUGGGAUAGAAGUUCUCUGAGUUCCUCCGCCAACUCAACCAUGUUAAUGUCAGGACAUGGUUCACUGCCCAGAAAGAAUCAAGUUCUACUUGGCAGAGGUGGUCGUGAAUCUAUGAUGCCGGGAGGAAGACAACUCCGCGACCAGCCCCAGCACUCCCCUCACCGCCCCCCUCACCACAGGGAUCCCAGAGACCACGAGACGAAGUCCAAAUCCAUGGCCAACCUCCACAUGGACAACUCAUUUGAUCAUCGAGACCCACAACAUCAUCAACACAACAUGAGACCAGCAGCAUCCGUUGGGGCGCUACAGAAUCCCAAUGUUCCGUUCCAGGACUAUUAUAAUCAGGGACGUAAUGAUCCCCGGGGAAACGAUUACGAGAAUCACCCCAGUGUGGAUCCCAGAAUUCCUAGAAACCUGCAAGAUCCAAUGCGCAAUCUUGGAUAUACUGACGUGAACCAUAAUGUUCCUCCUGGACAUUUUGUGAAACCUCAGUUACGAGAGACUGUAGAGCAGGGUUCACCAUCAUCCCGACAUUCCGGGGCCAGCAGUCGUGACGAGAGGCCGCAGUCUGCCUACUACCCUCAUCAACACCAGCCAGACUUUGUGCGGGAGGAGCGACCUAAAUCAAUGGAGGUCAAUGUUGGAAAGAUGCAGGAGAUGCACCAAAGGUAUGGACAGCCUCAACAUUCUCCACAUCAGUCACCUCAUGAGAGGAGCUUUGAUAACGAAAGAGAUCCUAACUAUAUGAACAUGAGAGCACAGCAGCAGCAACAACAACAAAUGCAGAGUGGAUACGUCAACCAAAGUGACAUUCCCAGAUACACAGCCAGCAAUGAAUCCAGGCAACUGAACUUCUAUGAGAAUACCUCUCCAAGGCAGAAUGAACCCUCACCUGCAUUCCACCAGCUAAAACCAGCAGAAACAGACGUUAAGAGGCCCCCUCCACAAACAAUGCCAAAACCUUCUGUGGCUCCCAAACCAAAUGCUCCAAAAGUCACCCCUGCAAACAUUCCCAGAGUAGAGGUGGAUAACAGACAAACCCAGUCACAUUUCUUUGAGCCCAAAAUCCAACAACAACCAGAACAAAGGUCCCCCAAAGUCCCCUCUUCCCAGCCAGGCUUCAUACAGGGAAGAGGAAUGCCUCCACAUAGUGCUGGCUACCAGAGUGAUCCAAGGGCAAACAGUCUGCCCCGGGGCAAAUUCACUCCUCCCAGAGAUAAUCAGUACCCCCCACAGACACAUCAGAGCCCGGAGUUACCUCCCCCUCCCCAGGAGAUACCCCCAGAGCUUCCACCUCCCCCAGCUCCUGAAGAUUUACCAGAGGAGUUGCCUCCCCUUCCCCCUCCUCCAGCCGGGGAAUAUUCUCUAGAUCCCCAAUAUGCAAACUCAACUGACCCAAGAUUUGGACCUCCAGGUGGCUUCCAACAACAAGGCCGAUUCAACCAACCAAAACAGAGAGUGCAACCCCAGCAGCAAAGGAACAUGGGGUAUGUAGAACCCCAGCAACAGUUUAUGCAACAACCUCCCCACUCAGCUACCCUGCCCAACAGAUUCCAGCAACCUAGUAAUGAUUAUCAAAACAUUUUAUAUGAGAAACAGAACAGAACAUUUGACUCUUCAUUACAACAACCAGCCAAUCAAAAUUUGUAUGAAUCCUACGAUCCUAAAGCAAGGUCAUUACCUCCAAUGAAGAUGGAUCCCCAGUUAUCAAAACACAGGUUAAUGUCAGAGGUCACCGAGGUCACACAGAGGUCACAAAAAGAUGGAGGCCCUCUGGUGUCACCGUGGGAUCGCGAAGAGCAGGAGAAACUGAACAAAGCCCGAGAGGAGGAGAUGAGUAGGUUACGUGAACAGGAAAUAAUUGACCUGGAGUCUCGGCCGUAUCUGUCACCCCAGGAACAAGACAGACUGAGGAAGUUACGUCUGGAGCAGGAAUUCCAGCGUCGCGUUCAGGAGUGUGCCAACCGAGACGAGGACGACGAAGACUCUGACAAUGAGAUAACAAGCCGCACGCAGGUAGGUCGUGAGUUCCUGAUCCAGACGAUACAGGAGGACAUUGGGAAGGCUCAGAGGAAACUGGAGGAACUCAAUCAGAAACAGCUGUACGAGGAGUAUGAGAGGGAAAAAGACCGUAUGCAGAGGCUGGAGAGAAAGCUGGAAAUUUUUGAGUUGGAGAGAGAGGAGAGACAACAAAGACUGCAAAAAAGGCAGGAACGAAAAUUACGUGAACAGGAAGAAUACCAGCGUAAACAGAGGGAUAUCCGAGAGAAGCAGAGGCAAGAUUACGAGGAGCAAAAGAGGGUGAUGUUGAUGGAGGAGGAGAAAUUAAAGAAGAAAAAACAAGAGGAGGAACAAAGACGGAAAGAAAUGGAAAGAGAAAGAUUACGAGAGCUGGAGGCCCAGCGAGAACAGGAAGAAGCACGGCUCCGAGCGGAGGCACGACAAAGACAGGAAGAACAUCAGCGACGGGAAAUAGAAAUGCGGGAGCGUGAGAGACGUGAGCAAGAAAAGCGGGACCAGGAACUCCGCGUGAGAGAGGAGACACAGCGUCUGGAGGCACUCAGACUACAAAGUCAGCCUCAGGGUUAUAACCAACAGUACGCCAACCUACCGGCCCACUCCCAGUACGGGGCACCUGCUCCCCCCGUCAGGGGCUCUUCUUACGACGUCCACAACAUGAACAGACAGAACGAGAGGAACCCAGAAAUACAAAACGGCUUCCGUAACAUGAACAAUAACAAUUCUAAUAUGAGAUAUGUGCCAGAAACUGUUCCUAAGAAAUCAGUGUCAUUUAACACACAAUUAGAGACCCGUAACACAUACAGUGUAGGCAGUGAGAGUGAUAGGACUCCUUAUGCAUCCCAGUCCUCAUAUCGGUCAUCCACAUCUGAUCAGAACGAACCCCAUUCUCCAUACGGUCAGCCACCCACCCCCGAUCAUGCCCCCCAGGACAAUGUUUUUGAUUCAAGUGGCACCCCACAGCAAAAUCAUGUAUCCUACAAAACAGCAGAAAUAACUCCUACGGUUGUAGGAUCACAGGAAGUGUAUCGUGAUCCUAGGAGCAGGAUUAUGGCCCAGAAGGAGGCCCAGAGUGGUAAUGCUUUCUCUAAGAAACCCGCUUCUGAUCGGAUGUCCUUCAGAGAUAAAAUGAAAUUUUUCGCUCAAGAAGCUGGUGAGAAUACCCCCAAGGAGAAACCCAAAGCAUCAAAAACACUUAGGAAUAUUGAAUCUCAACUUCAUAACGGAAAAUGAAAGUGAUAGUAAAUAGAAUUUUACAAAUGAUUUCAUGUAUUUAUCAGAGAAAAGUUGUUGAGUACGGGUGUACUUAGGGGAGACCAUGAUUUUAAUUAUUGAUUGGGAUUCCAUAGAGUGAAGAAAAUCAGGAUUUCAUCGUCAGCAGACCGUUGAAGUGCAGUGUUAAAUUAUAUCAUACCGGUAUCAUGUUACUGUUAUUUUUUAUGUUUUGACAAAUUAGGAAGUAUAUUUUUGCUAAAUUAUUUUUUAUGUGAUACUUCGAUAUUACUAAGAAAAUUAAUGUGCAGAAAUUUAAUAAUUUUAUAAUGUGUACAUUUAAUAUUUUCCGCAGGUAACUUCAAUUACAUGUAUAUCUACAUAGAUUGCAAAAAUGAAAGUAGCUAGAUUUUAAAGGUAUGAUAAUUUGUAAAUUAGCCAUUGCAUAAGAA